AUGUGCUCACCUGAAACAUUGCCACUAACGAUGGAACCAGAGUCGGGAUUCUAUCGUGAUCCGGUGAUUGUGCUCGAUUUCCAGUCGCUCUAUCCGUCCAUUAUUAUUGCUUAUAAUUAUUGCUUUACGACAUGCCUGGGCAAGGUACUAAACAUUGAAAACGUUGCAGCCGUUGGGAAGGCCGUUGAACUUGGAGGCCUCAGUUAUUGUUGUCCGAGACUAGCCCGUAUACUCGAUGCCCGACAGUUGGCGCUCAAAUUAAUCGCCAAUGUAACGUACGGUUACGCGGCAGCUAAUUUCAGUGGUCGUAUGCCAUGCGUCGAAGUGGCCGAUGCCAUUGUCAGCAAAGGCAGAGAAACACUAGAACGUGCCAUUGAAAUGGUCAACAAUGGAAAUUAUGGUGGAGCACGUGUAGUUUAUGGCGAUACUGAUAGCAUGUUUGUUCUCUGUCCAGGAUCUAGUCGUGCCGAAGCCUUUGAAAUUGGACGAAAGAUUGCUGAUGACGUGACCAAUGCGAAUCCUAAUCCUGUGAAACUGAAGCUCGAAAAAAUAAUGCAUCCACUAAUUUUGGAGUCGAAAAAACGCUACGUCGGAAUGAGUUAUGAAAGUAUCAAUGAAGAUGAAGGAAUUUUUGAUGCUGUAGGUAUUGAAACAGUUCGAAGGGAUUCUUGUCCUCUCGUCUCAAGGGUUAGCGAUAUGAGCCGAAUGGUGCGAUAUUUGGACAUGCAACUGUCUAACCUCGAUAAAAUGCCCGUGUCUGAUUUCGUCUUCAGCCGAGAGUAUCGCAAAUCGUAUGCGGAAUCUGCAGUUGUGGCUUCGAAACUCAUUGCUGAGUAA